AUGUCGAGCAAAGCCGUGGCUCGUGUUCGUAAGAAAGAGGUCGUCAAGGUAAUCCAUGGUGCACUACUGAGAACGAAUAUCAGAGCACAAAUGGCGUCCGCUGCACCACCACUAGGCCCACAACUUGGCCAGAGAGGUCUCAAUGUUGCUAAUUUUUGUAAAGAAUUCAAUAAGGAGACAGGACAUAUUAAGCCAGGAGUCGUUUUGCCAACUCGUAUUUCAAUCAAACCUGAUCGAACAUACGAUUUGGAGAUAUGUACACCGACUACGUCAUGGCUUUUAAAGCAGGCGGCUGGAAUUGCUCGAGGGAAGGAAAGUAAAGACGAAAUUGCUGGAAAAUUAUCUGUGAAGCACAUUUACGAGAUCGCAAAAGUGAAGUCGAAGGACAAGUGUCUACAAGGUGUUCCACUAGAGUUGAUCUGUCGUUACAUUGUGAAGCAGUGCCGAACAAUAGGUAUUCAAGUUCAACGUGAAGACCUCGAUCCAGUUGAACUUAAGAGUUUCCUUGACGAACGACGAAAAAUCGUAGCAGAGCAGCUAAAAGCCCAUGCAGACAAGAAGGCUGCGAAGAUGCUGAGGACAACUUAA